CCGUCUGACUCAGCCCCUGGAGCGUUUCCUCCGGCGGGCGCGGAGCCGCGGCCGCGCUGCGGGGACACGGGGACGCGGGACAGGGACGGGGGCCGGUCCCGGGGCGGGCAGGGAAUGAGGCCGGCUCGCGGCUGACUCAGCUGGCCGGUAUGAGCCCAGGUUGGUUUGCAGGUGCCUCGGCUCCCCGCGUCCACCGGAACCUGACGCGACCGCGGGGGACUCGGCGGGGAGGAGACGGGCGCAGCUUCGCCCUGCCCUGCGAAUGCGGUGGGAGCACAGCGGCAUUGCCCCCAGGCCUGGACACCCAGCCCUGAGCCAUGGCACUGCUCACCCAUCUCCUCGCCUGCAUCUUCGGCACAGGCUCCUGGGUGGCCAUCAACGGGCUGUGGGUUGAGCUGCCGCUGCUGGUGAUGGUGCUGCCGGAGCAGUGGGACCUGCCCUCUUACAUCACCAUCAUCAUCCAGAUGGCCAACGUGGGGCCGCUCUUCAUCACCCUCAUGCAUCGCUUUCGGCCUGGCUUGCUGAAGGAGGUGACUGUGAUCUAUGUGAUUGUGGCUCUGGGUGUCCUGUCCUGCUUGCUCCUGGCCUUCUUCUGGAAGUACACAUCCACCAUUGCUGGGACGUCCCACAGCAUCGCCUUCCUGCUCCUCACCUUCUUCCUGGCCCUGGUGGACUGCACCUCCUCCGUCACCUUCCUGCCCUUCAUGAUGCAGCUGCAGCCCCAGUACCUGACCACCUUCUUCAUAGGCGAAGGGCUCAGCGGGCUGAUCCCUGCCCUCAUCGCCCUGGGCCAGGGCUCUGGCAUCUCCAGCUGUGUCAACGUCACCAUCGGCAACCAGACCGUGGAGAGCACUGAUUUCCAUCUGCAGACCGAGUACCACCCAGCCAACUUCUCCACCCUCCUCUUCUUCCUUCUCCUGACUGCAAUGAUGCUGGCCUGCUUGCUAGCUUUCUUCUUCCUCACCAGGCAGCCCAAAAUGUGGGAGCUCUCCCAGCAGGAGCUGUUUCCCAGCAACAUUGUGCUGAGCUCAUUUGACCAGAUCCCUGACGAGGGAGCUGGGCCACAGCUGAGCCCAUGCCCGAAGGAUGCAAAGGGGCCUCAGGACAUCCUGCAGGAGAAGGUCUCCUACUCGCUGCCCAAGCUCACCAUUAUCUACCUCCUCCUCGCCUGGGUGUCUGCUCUGACCAACGGGGUCCUGCCAUCUGUGCAGUCCUACUCCAGCCUGCCCUAUGGCCACACCACCUACCACCUCGUGGCCACGCUCAGCUCCAUGGCCAACCCUCUCGCCUGCAUCGUGGCCAUGGUCCUGCCUAGCAGGUCCCUGGUCCUGCUGGGCAUCCUCACAGUGGCAGGGACGGGCUUUGGUGCCUACAACAUGGCCAUCGCGGUGAUGAGCCCGUGCCCACUCCUCCAGCAGUCCCAGUGGGGCGAUGCCAUCAUUGUCCUCUCCUGGGUGCUGUUCACCGGGACCCUCUCCUACAUGAAGGUGAUGGCCGGGGUGAUGCUGCGGAGCUGCAGCCGCAGCGCGCUGCUGUUCUACGGGGCGGUGGAGCAGUUGGGCUCCCUCCUCGGGGCCCUGCUCAUGUUCCCCCUCGUCAACGUCUACGGCUUCUUCAAAUCCGCCGACUACUGCAACCUGCCGUGCCCAGUGUGAGUGGGACGGGCCCCUGCACGGCCCCUGCGUGCCAGCACACACCUCCCAGCCCAGUGAGGCAGCGCUGGCUGCGGGGUGGCUGCGGGCACAGCUCCUCAGCGGGCUCUGCCACGUCCCUGGGUGGGAGCAGCCCCGUGGCCUUGUCCCCAGCCCGGGCACAGAGCGUCCCUGUCACGUUCAAAGGUUC